AUGUUUAGUUUUGUUUCAGGAUUUUAUAUCGAGGGAUUCAAAGAAGAGCAUAAAGAUUGGCCAGAAUCACCAUUUAUUGAUAGUAUAUAUAAGCCAAAUCAAACUGAUCCCUCUAUUUAUCGUAGAGAUUUUUAUGGAAGACACCACAAAGUAUUUUUAUCUUACUAUGGUACAGAUGGACCAAUAGUAGUGACAGUUCACUAUGACGCAAAUGAGGAAACCUACAAGGUAUUAUAUCUACAAGAUAGUGGUCUGAUCUACAAGGAAAUCCCAAGGUGGGCUGCCUUUAGGAGUUUUUGGAGAAUGUUGUUUUGUAAAGAUCCAUCCUAUCAUCAUGUUUAUCAAUACACACCAAAGUUUCAAGAUAUACGAUUACCAAGAGUACCAACAACCCCUGAGCUUCAAGACGAAUUGCUUGCCGUUUUUGAACCAGAUUUUUCUCGAGCAAUCAAAGUAGGAUUAUUGUAUUGUAAAGCAAAUCAAACCAAUGAAUAUGAAAUGUUGGCAAAUACAUCAAACAACACAAGUAAAGAGUAUGAUGAUUUUUUAACUAUUCUUGGUGAUAGAAUUGAGCUAAAAGGAUUUUCUGGAUAUAGUGGUGGUCUGGAUGUAAAUUAUGGAAACUCUGGCAAGCAUUCAGUGUAUACAAAAUAUAAUGACGUCGAAAUAAUGUUUCAUGUCUCUACCAUGUUGCCACAUUAUCCAAAUGAUCCAAAACAAAUAGAAAAGAAAAAACAUAUUGGCAAUGACAGAAUUAUGAUUGUAUUUACAGAUGGACCCCAAAGUUAUAUUCCAAAUUGUAUGAAAUCAAAGCAGACUCGAGUAAAAUCAUCAUCAUCUGAUGUAAAUAAGGCAUCACCUGCAAUUUUAUCAACACCAAUUGUCAAUCAAGAACCAUCAGAGGAUUCAGAUUCAUCAAGACUGGCACCUUCUGCAUCCUCAAAAAAACAAAAAUCACAACCACUAAAUCAACUAAAACCAGCUCAAUACAUUGUUUCCAUUGCCACCACAAUACCUUUGAAUGAACCACCCCUUCCAGCUUCUCCAGUGUUUUACAAAGACGAGCAAUUUAGAAAAUUCUUACUUGAAAAAUUAAUCAAUGGAUCCAAAUCAUUAUGUAAACAUCCAGUCUUUCAAACCAAAACAAAUAGAGCCCAAAGCAUGGUAUUUCAUACGUUCACACACAAACAUACAAAUUUGGUGAAUGCAAAAAUGAAGUUUACUAGUCUAUUGAUAGUAAUCUCAUUACUAUCUUGUAUUGCAUUUUUUGCGACAAGUGCAUUACCAAACAAGAUCAAGUAUACUGCUGAUCACUUAUCCUCCUCAAAUGACGAUAAAUGUGCAAGUGGAUCAAUGUAUAUUGCAGAGUCAAUUCCAAUGUACUUGAAUCUUACAACCAAUCAAACUACAUAUGAUGCAUGGAUGAAUCUUAUUAGCAAUGCAAAGGAAUCUAUUGAUAUGGGUCUCUUUUAUAUGACAUUAACAGAUGGAGGUGAUCUUCCAUCGGAAUAUGGUGGUUAUAUGGGUAUGAAUAUCUACAAAGAAAUCAUUGCCGCUCAUGCUAGAGGUGUAAAGAUUAGAAUCGUUCAGAACCUACCAUCUAGUGGAGAAGGAAAUGAUACUGCCAACCUUUCUCAAAUGGGUGCAGUUGAACUCAGAACAAUUAAUUGGCCAUCUCUUGUCGGUGGUGGUAUUCUACACACCAAACUUAUGGUUGUUGAUAAGAAGAAUGCAUAUGUUGGUAGUGCAAACUAUGAUUGGAGAUCACUCAUUCAAGUAAAAGAACUUGGUGUAGUUGUUGAGAAUUGUAAAACCAUUGUAGAAGACACCAAGGCAGCUUUUGAACAAUACUGGGAGGCAGCCAAUAUGACACAACUUCCAAACAAGUGGCCAUCCAAAGACAAGGCCAAAUACAAUAGCACCCAUCCAGCACAACUCAAGUUGAAUGGUGAGGAUAUUAGCAUGUUCCUUGCAGUCUCUCCACCACAGUUUGUAUCCAAAGAUCGUACAGGUGACAUUGACGCUUUAGUUGCUGCCAUCAAUGCAGCCAAUCAAUCAGUCUGCAUCUCUGUCAUGGAUUAUGCACCAACCUCCUUUUAUAACAAUCCCAACCUAUUUUGGCCAGUCAUCGAUGAUGCACUACGUGCAGCAGCCUUUAACCGAAAGGUAAACAUUCGUAUGCUCAUCAGUCACUGGAAUCACACCAAUAUGUAUGUCAUUCCACAAUACCUCAAAUCAUUGGAUGUCCUCAACUAUGUCCAAGUGAGAUGGUUCCAAGUACCAGAUCUUCCAUUCCAACCACAAGUUCCAUUCAGUCGUGUCAACCAUGCCAAAUACAUGGUGACAGAGAAGCAAUCCUACGUUGGUACUUCCAACUGGUCACAAGACUAUUUCACAAACACUGGUGGUCUCAGUUACAAUAUAGUCAACCAAGAUUUUACUGCUCAACUACAAUCUAUUUUCAAUCGUGAUUGGAAUUCCCCAUACGCUUUGCCUAUUAAUACUUUUGAACAACAACAACAACAACAUAAAAUGAAUUUACAAAAUUGUAAAGAGAAACAUUCAAACCUAUUAUUUGCAAAUUUCAAUCAAGAUUAUAGCUGCUUUGCUUGUGGUACAGAGAAAGGAUUCUUAAUCUUUUCAUGCGAUCCAUUCAAAGAGAGAUUCGGAAGAGUAUUCGAUGGUGGAGUAGGAAUUGUUGAAAUGUUAUUUAGAUGUAAUAUUCUUGCGAUUGUAGGAGGAGGAACCAAACCAAAGUUUACACCCAACCAAGUGAUGAUAUGGGACGACUAUCAAAAUAAGUGUAUUGCAAAAUUAGAGUUUAAAUCAGAGGUCAAAGCAGUCAAACUACGUCGUGAUCGUAUUGUAGUGGUUCUCGAAAACAAGGUCUAUGUCUAUAAUUUUGCCGAUCUUCAAUUGGUUCAUCAACUAGAGACAACUAAUAACCCACGUGGAAUCUGUGCAGUAUGUCCAGGUGCCAGCAAUGUUUUGGCAUGUCCAGGUUUGAAACCUGGCUACGUUCACGUAGAGUUGUACGAUCACAAGCAGACACAAAUCAUUCCUGCACAUGAAAGUGCUCUUUCUCAAAUAGCUCUCAACAAGGAUGGCACUCGUUUAGCCACUGCCUCUGAAAAGGGUACACUUAUUCGUAUAUUUGAUACUGCCACUGGUGAGAAAAUUAAAGAGGUUCGUAGAGGUUCAAAUCGUGCUGAAAUCUAUUCUAUAGCUUUCAACAAUGAAUCUACUGCUCUCUGUGUCUCUUCCGAUAAAAAUACUGGUCAUAUUUUUGAUCUCUCAAGAUCUGCACCUGCUACUAGUUCUGCUUCCACAAAAGAACCAGAAUCUGAAGUAAAGAAUAGACAAUCAAGUUUUCAUUUUAUGGGUGAUAUUUUACCAACUAAUUAUUUCAAAUCGGAAUGGAGUGCUGUACAGUUUCAAAUUCCAGAAUCACGAUCAAUUUGUGCAUUUAGCUCUACACCAAAUUCGAUUAUAGUCAUUUGCGCAUCGGGUGUUUGCUACAAAUAUACAUACGAUUUUGCAAAGGGUGAAUGCAAAAGAGAUGAAAACCCAUUGCAAUUUAUGGAGAAUGAAGAAUCUUAA